AUGGAAGACUAUAUGAAUGUGAAGGAUUUCAUGGGAGGAAAUUUCUACAAUGGAGAACCUCUAUGUGCCGCUGCAGACGAAGAUGUGCAGAAAUGCUGUGAGAAGGAAAACGAUGAAUACCACAUUUCGAUGAUAGAACAAGGCACCUCUCUCUUGGCACUCAACGAAAACGAUGGAGGUCGCAUAGUAGGCAUUGUUUUAGCGGGAGGUCAAGUGCCCAGUGAUCUGGAGAAGCAUCGCAAAGAAGCAGAAGAAAUGGAACAAAACACAUGGGGACGCAUUGCCGUGUUUCUAUCAGCUGCCGAAAUAGAAGCGAACCUCUUUGAGCGCUACGGCAUCUCCAGCCUUCUCUACUCUCACAUUACUUGUGUGGAUGCCACCAUGCGUGGUAAGGGAUUAGGUGGACGUCUUGCUACUGCUCUAAUCGAAGUAGGAAAAUCCAAAGGCUUUCCUUUGAUGGUGGCCUAUUGCACAAGUUUCUAUUCGGCGCGCCAAAAGGAAGCCUUGGGCAUGGAGUGUAUCUACAGACAGGCCUACGUGGACUAUAAGGAUGAACAAGGUCAAGUGGUAUUCAAGCCAGCAGCUCCUCAUACUCAUAUACGUGUUAUGGUAAUUAAACUUUAGA